UUUUUUUGUUAAAUGAAAUUAUUUGUUUUCAUUUUUUUUAUCAUCUCAGUCCCUUGGAAUUGAAAAAAUAGACAACAACAAUUAACCAAUUUUAAUUUACUUUUGGUUAUGAGUGAGAAAAAGUACCAUUGCCCGGUGGAGGGCUGUUCUUUUCAGAGCAAAGGUAAACACUUUAAGCGCAAAAUGUCCAUUGAUCAGCAUUUCCUCAACUGUCACUCUGAGCGAAAGUACAAAUGCUUCAAUUGUGACAAAAGCUACGCUAUCGAUUGGCAGUUAAAGUAUCACCUUAAAACCUGUGGUCUAAUCUGGAAGUGCCUAACAUGUGACAAAUUUUACAAAGAAAGAUUGUCUCUGAUUACCCACUGUACUCGGCACUCUCAUGUUUUACCUGAUGAAGCUCGUCGUCGUAAAACGAAAAGUAAAAAGGAAGAUAAAUCAAGCAGUAGUACCAACAACAGUCACAGUGGUGGAAGUAGUAAAGAUACACAAGUGAUGAUUCUUCCCGUUAUGAUGCCAACCGCUCAGACAACUGGAAACAAUAGCAGCCAUAACAACCAAACCUCAAGCUCAUCAUCAUCUCGACAUCACCAUCAGUCAACUACUUCGUCUUCUUCGUCCUCUUCAAGCUCAUCCUCGCGACACCAUCAUCAUCAUCAUCAUCAAUCUCCUCAUCAAGCACCCAAACAGUUACAACAACCCAAUCCUAAUCGGGCUCACCACCAUCAUCCUCCUCAACAUCUUCCCAAGCCUCCAUUUCAAAAUCCAAUUGCACCACCAACAGUUGAUUAUCAUCAAUUAAAUCAAAGGAUCAAUAUAGCAGAACUGUAUGCAAAUUUACCGCAAAUGAUGGAUCCAAAUUCGGGUUAUAUGAGAGAUACUAGUGGACAGUCCGAUGUUGAACAUUUGAAACACGGUUUACAUCAUUUUGCUCCACCUCGAGCUCACCUUUGGUCAACUUCUGAUUGUUAAAACUUUCUCUUUUUCUCUCUCCCGUUUCGGAAGCUUUUACCCUCGGCUUAAUAUGAUUCUGUCAUUUCUUACACAUACAAAACCCAAAACUCAAUCAACAAUUUAUAAUAUUUACACUAAAGCAAAACUCCUGUUUUACAAUUGAAAUAACAUCCUAAGGCAUCAUUAAUGCAACAACAAUCAAGAUGUUAAUGAGAAAAAGUUCAAUUCACCAAUUUAUUAAUUUGGUGAUGAGUGAAAACACAGAAAAGUUAUUCUUUUGGCUCCUUCUCAUCUCAUCUCUUCCCUCUUUUAUCUCAUCUAAUAAGCAAGAAAAACAAUAUAA